UUGGUCUUGCAAAACAAUCUCAUUUUUUUUCUCUCUCACAUGUGCUCGACUGUCGACCCACUCGCUCAAUGAGAUCAUUAUACGACUAUCUGACCAUCUAUGCACGGCUAAGUAUCGGAAACAUGUGCAUCUUCCAUGUCUCCAUGCUCCCUUCUUUCUCCGUGAUUCUUUCAUUCAACGCCUCCCUCCGAUGCUCUUGAAAUGAUUCUGCUUUAACCCUUGAAUCUUCUGCAUUCCUGCGAUCGAAGGCGACGUGCUCUCCUUCACUCAGUCCAUUCGUCUCCUUUGUUUCUUUCUCAUUUCUUACAUUCUUUGCCCCUGCCCUCAGUAACACUCUACCCUUCCUCUUCUUGAGCGCCACCUCAAUCUUGAUCGCUUGACCCAGCGCACCUUCGCAUUCAAGAUGUCUGCCUCCCCUCAAACAACAUCUAGCUCCGCCGACCAUCCUUCUGCACCCUCAGCAUCACAACUAUCACAAGUCGAAGCCGCAAUCAAAUCGCUCCUGCGCCAACCCGACUACGACGAUGGCUCCGCUGGCCCCGUCCUAGUCCGUCUUGCCUGGCACUCAGCUGGCACAUACUGCAAGGACACCAACACAGGCGGUUCCAAUGGCGCAGGCAUGCGCUACGAAGCCGAAGGCGGCGACCCAGCCAAUGCCGGUCUCCAACACGCCCGCGCCUUCCUCGAACCAAUCAAGGCUCAGUUCCCAUUCAUAACAUACGCCGAUCUCUGGACGCUGGCCGCGGUCGUAGCGAUCCGCGAAAUGGACGGGCCCAAAAUCUCCUGGAAACCAGGCCGGACCGAUUUCACAGCAGACUCACGCAUUCCACCUCGAGGCCGAUUACCAGAUGGGUCCAAAGGCGCCGACCACCUCCGUUGGAUCUUCUACCGUAUGGGCUUUAACGAUCAAGAGAUCGUCGCGCUAUCCGGCGCGCACAAUCUCGGCCGAUGUCACAGUGACCGUUCGGGGUUUGAGGGUAAAUGGGUGAACAACCCUACGCGGUUUAGCAACACGUACUUCAAGCUGCUUAAAGUGCAUGACUGGAAGAAGAAGACAUUGGCCAACGGGUUGGAACAGUUCGUGUAUGUUGAUGAGGAUCUCGAGCCGGAGGAACAAGAGGAGGAGACGUUAAUGAUGUUACCUACGGAUAUCGCGCUGCUCGAAGAUCCCAGUUUCCGUGUGUGGGUUGACAAGUAUGCCAAGGACAAGGAUUUGUUUUUCCGAGAUUUUGCGGCCGUGUUUGCAAAGUUGUUGGAGUUGGGAAUCAGACGAGACAAAGAUGGGAAUGUGGUUAAUGAGGAGAACCUUACGGAUGGAUAUCGCAGUGCGCCGAAGAAGAGUGAUGUGGCGACUGUGCCGAAAGAUCAAAAUGCUGGCCAGAUUGGACACGAGGCGCGAAGACUGAUGGAGGAGAAUGCGAAGCACGGGAAAGUGGUGGUCAAGUCGAAGUUGUGAUGUUCUGCAUGUCCCGCCCGGGGUUCAUGCCAUUUGGGGAGAUUAUGAGCGGGGUUUGGGGUCUUUUGCCAACAUGUGUACGAACAGCUGGAGUAUCACGGUAUAAUGAUGCAGGAACUAGAGGACGAUAGAAUAGACGAGAUACCCAUCCUAGACAUAUAUUCGGACAGACUUUAGACGACUGG